AUGUCUGAAUCGUUUUUAGUUGAUCAUUUGUUAGGUGCUAGCAACGCGAAAUUCAAAAAAGGUGAAAUAAAACGAUCUGAUUUAUUUUUAACCGGUAAACUUUGGUGUUCAUUUUAUAAAAGUAAACGUGUACGUGAACAAUGUUUAAUAACAAUAGAUGAUCUUCAAUGUCAAUAUCUUGAUCUUUUUCUUAUUCAUUGGUCAUUUGCUUUUGUCGAUCAGGAUCCAAAUAAACACGAAGAAGGUGAAUUAAAAGUUGAUGAUGUAAUGGAUUUUACUGGAACGUGGAAAGCAAUGGAAUUAUUAGUCGAUGAAGGAUUAGUUAAAUCUAUUGGAUUAUCAAAUUUUAAUGAGCAACAAAUUGAUCGUAUUAUUAAUAUAUGUAAAUACAAACCAGUUGUUAAUCAAGUUGAGAUUCAUCCUUAUUGCCCACAAAUUGAAUUAGAAAAAUUUUGUAAAAAAUAUAAUAUUCUUCUCGAAGCUUAUGCUCCAUUAGGUGCCAAAAAACGAGUAUGGAAACAAAAAGAUGAUCCGGAAAUCUUAGAAGAUAAAGUUAUAAAGUCAAUUGCGGAAAAAUAUAAUGUUGAUUCAGCUACUAUUCUUCUUCGUUAUAUAAUGGAUCGAAAUAUAGUUUGUAUUGUUAAAUCAUCAAAUGAACAAUGA